AUGGCGGCAGCACCACCACCACCACCACCGACAAACGACGGCCCUGGCCAGAGCCCCGUCCCCGGCGAUGACCCCAAGGCGUCGCCCGACUACGUGCAGUUCAAGUGCCUCCCGCCGGGGGGUCCGCUGAACCGCUGGUCCACGACGCUGACGCGCGAGCACGACUUUCCCGGCGCUCAGGCCAUGCUGUAUGGCGCCGGCGUGCCCAACAAGGACAUGAUGAAGAAUGCGCCGCAGGUGGGCAUCGCGACGGUCUGGUGGGAGGGGAACCCGUGCAAGUGA